UCCGAGCUCAGCCGGCCGCCCUUUCCCCUGCUAGAGCUCUCGCCCUGAGCCCGCUGUUCAGGGUGGGCAAGGGUGAGGGGGCCACCGCUAGGACCCCGUGCCCCUGCAUUAAACCUGGGGUCGCCCGUAUCUCCCCGUCCUGGGCGGAGUUGGAGGUGGGGGCGCCGCUGUGCAGGCAGGCAGUGGGGGCACAGCGGUGCCUGCGUCCGAGCGGGCACGUCCGAGCGCGCGACGGAGUCCGACGCGGCCUGGGGGCAGUUGGCCUGGAGCUUAGAGCCAGGGUGUGUGCCAUGGCCCCACAAUGGGCUGUCUGGCUGCUGGCAGUGGGGCUGUGGGGCCUGGGCAUUGGCGCUGAGGUGUGGUGGAACCUGGUGCCCCGGAAGACAGUAUCUUCUGGGGAGCUGGCCACAGUGGUGCGGCGGUUCUCCCAAACGGGCAUUCAGGACUUUCUGACGCUGACCCUGACUGAGCAGACCGGGCUUCUGUACGUGGGGGCCCGGGAGGCCUUGUUUGCCUUCAGCGUGGAGGCCCUGGAGCUACAAGGAGUGAUCUCAUGGGAGGCACCUGUGGAGAAGAAGACCGAGUGCAUCCAGAAAGGGAAGAAUAACCGGACGGAGUGUUUCAAUUUCAUCCGCUUCCUACAGCCGUAUAACGCAUCCCACCUGUAUGCAUGUGGCACCUAUGCCUUCCAGCCCAAGUGCACCUACAUCGAUAUAGUCACCUUUACCUUGGAGCGUGGAGCCUUCGAGGAUGGGAAGGGGAGGUGCCCCUAUGACCCAGCGAAGGGCCAUGCUGGCCUCCUUGUGGACGGCGAGCUAUACUCGGCUACACUCAACAACUUCCUGGGCACAGAGCCUGUUAUCCUGCGUAACAUGGGACCUCACCACCCGGUUAAGACAGAGUACCUGGCCUUCUGGCUCAAUGAACCUCAUUUUGUUGGCUCUGCCUAUGUCCCGGAGAGCGUGGGGAGCUUCACUGGGGACGACGACAAGGUCUACUUCUUCUUCAGUGAGCGGGCGUUGGAGUACGACUGCUACAUGGAGCAGGUGGUGGCCCGAGUGGCUCGAGUCUGCAAGGGAGACAUGGGGGGCGCACGGACCCUGCAGAAGAAGUGGACCACCUUCCUGAAGGCACAGCUGGUGUGUUCAGCCCCUAGUCGCCACCUCUACCUCAACCAGCUGCAGGCGCUGUACACCCUGCAGGAUGCCUCCUGGCACAACACCACCUUCUUUGCGGUUUUUCGGGCACGAUGGGGCGACGUGGACCUGUCGGCCAUCUGCGAGUACCAGCUGGGAGAGAUCCAGAAGGUGUUCGAGGGUCCCUACAAGGAGUACCGCGAGCAGUCCCAGAAGUGGGGCCUCUAUACUGACCCCAUACCCAGCCCGAGGCCGGGCUCGUGCAUCAAUGACUGGCACCGGCUGCACGGCUACACCAGUUCUCUGGAGUUGCCUGACAACACCCUCAACUUCAUCAAGAAACACCCUCUGAUGGAAGAGAAGGUGAGGCCUCGCUGGGGCCGACCCCUGCUUGUAAAGAAGGACACCAACUUCACUCACCUGGUGGUGGACCGGGUCACGGGGCUCGACGGAGCUUCCUACACAGUGCUGUUCAUUGGCACAGGAGAUGGCUGGCUGCUUAAGGCUGUGAGCCUGGGGCCCUGGGUCCACCUGAUUGAGGAGCUGCAGGUGUUUGACCAGGAGCCCAUGAAAAGCCUGGUCCUGGCCCGGAGCAAGAGGCUGCUGUUUGCAGGUUCCCGCUCACAACUGGUUCAGCUGCCCCUGGCUGACUGUGUGAAGUACCGCUCCUGUGCAGACUGCAUCCUCGCCCGGGACCCGUACUGUGCCUGGAGCGUCAAUACCAGCCGCUGUGUGGCUGCGGGUGGCCACUCUGGGUCCCUGCUGAUCCAGCAAGUGAUGGUCUCAGACACCUCAGGCAUCUGUAACUUCCGUGGCAGUAAGAAAGUCAGGUUCACGCCCAAAAACAUCACAGUGGUGGCGGGCACAGACCUGGUACUGCCCUGCCGCCUGUCUUCCAACCUCGCCCAUGCCCGAUGGACUUUUGGGGGCCGGGACCUGCCUGCAGAACAGCCUGGCUCUUUCCUCUACGAUGCUCGACUACAGGCCCUCGUUGUGAUGGCUGCCCAGCCCCGCCACGCGGGGGCCUACCACUGCUUUUCAGAGGAGCAGGGGGCACGGCUGGCUGCGGAAGGCUACCUGGUCGCUGUGGUGGCAGGCCCUUCAUUGACUCUGGAGGCCCGGGCGCCCCUGGAAAACCUAGGGCUGGUGUGGUUGGCUGUGGUGGCCCUCGGGGCCGUGUGCCUGGUGCUGCUGCUGCUUGUUUUGUCACUGCGUCGUCGGCUGAGGGAGGAGCUGGAGAAAGGAGCCAAGGCAGCAGAGAGAACCCUGGUGUACCCUCUGGAGCUUCCCAAGGAACCCACCAGCCCCCCCUUCCGCCCUGGCCCUGAGACCGACGAGAAACUCUGGGACCCUGUUGGCUACUACUACUCAGAUGGCUCCCUCAAGAUUGUGCCUGGACACGCUCGGUGCCAGCCUGCGACUGGGCCACCUUCCCCACCUCCUGGCAUCCCUGGCCAGCCCUUGCCAUCCCCGACUCGGCUUCACCUGGGGGGUGGGCGGAACUCAAAUGCCAAUGGUUAUGUGCGCCUACAGCUAGGUGGGGAGGACCACGGCGAGGGGCUUGGGCACCCCCUGCCUGAGCUGGCAGAUGAACUAAGGCGUAAACUACAUCAGCGCCAGCCCCUGCCAGACUCCAACCCCGAGGAGUCCUCGGUAUGAGGGAGCCCCACCACGUUGGUGGGGCAGCCUGGGAGCUGUGGCUCCUACUUUUGCACAGGCACCAGCUACCUCAGGGACAUGGCGCGGGCACCUGCUCUACUGGGACAGACGCUGCCCAGCACCUGCCCGCCCAUGAGGACCUGCUCUGCUCAGCACGGGCACUGCCACUUGGUGUGGCUCACCAAGGCACCAGCCGCCCAGAAGGCGUCUUCCUCCUCUCUGUGAGGGGCUGUGAAUCACGGACACAUGGGACCCCAGCAGCCAAAACUUCAAGGCAGAAGUUGGAGAUGUGGGUGUGUUUGUGUAUGUGUGUGUGCACACGGGUGUGUUUGUGUGGCACAGUCUUCCUGUGUCUGUGGAGUCUUCCCUUGGCCUGGGGUCCUCCUGGUGAGUCAUUGGAGCUAUGAAGGGGAAGGGGUCGAUCGCUUUGCUUCUCUUACCCCCAGCUGUCCCCAGGGAGGGGCAGGGAUGUACAUAUGGGGGUGGGCUGGGCAGGGUGCUGUACCCCUGGGGGGAGUGCAGGGCUCUGGGGUGGGCCUAGUCCUGCUCCUAGGGUUGUGAAAGUUUUCAGGGUUCUGGGGAGGGAGUGGAGUCUCCCGUGUGUUUGGGGGUAAGCGGGGAGGGGCCUCCCACGUGGCCCUGGGGUCCAGUGAUAUUUUAUACUUGGCCUCCUUCACAGGGCUGGGAGAGGUGUGGGGGGAGGGGGAGAGAGGGUGGGCAUGCUACAGAUACGGCAUAGCCUCUCCCAGCCCUGGAGGAGGGCUUCUAACUGUAACUUAUUGUGUCCCUACGUAUUUAUUUGUUGUAAAUAUUUGAGUAUUUUUAUAUUGACAAAUAAAAGGAAGAAAAUAAAA